GAGCCCGCGCAAUGACAGCACCCAUGCGAUGCUUAUGACGAUUUUAGUCGGCACCGGCAGCCUCCGCGAGCGAGUGCUCUUAGGCCUCGUCUCCCAGGUGCUCCAGGAGGUUGCUUUUGCCGAGCUCCGGACGCGGCUUCAGCUGGGUUACACGGUCGGGGGCACCGUCUCCGCCAUCUCGAACGUCUUGACCGUCUCCUGCUAUGUGCAGAGUGAGGUGGCCUUGCCGGAUCUUGCCGAGGCAUACUGUGAGAAGGUCCUCUCAACAGAUGUUCCCGCCGCUUUGGAGAGUCUGAGCUCUGAUGCCUUCGCCAGCAUGAAG